AUUACCAUCGGCCUGUUACAGGUACUGAACGCCCUUCUGUACGGGUUCGCCCUCACAGCGGAUCCGGAAGAACAGAAGCAACGAAAAAGAGGAAUUCUCAACGAUGGUUGGGUCGGAAUAAGAAACCCAUAUUCUUACGGACACGGUCAGCCUUGGACAGCAGGUGAAACUCCAUGGAAACCGAUAAAAGUACCAUCGAUCGGGUUUGACUACCAUAAGCAACACUUCGAAGGGUGGAACCACAAUCAUCUACAGAUCUACAAACCGCACGUACCACUUUUGAAUGUUCACACGAAGCCGAUCCUCAAAACGUAUCCAGUCUACAUAACGAAACAUGUGAUACUAGAAAAGCCUGUUCCGGUUCCGCAGCCGGUUUACGUCCGAGAAAAGGUCCCGGUUUACGUAGACAAGCCCUACCAUGUACCAGUCGAAGUUCCGGUUCCGGUAGAAAAAAUUAUACACAAACCAGUCGCUGUUCCGGUUCCCGUUCCCCAGGUUGUGCCAGUUCCCGUACCUUUCCCGGUCCACCCUCAUUUCCCUCACUCGUCGCACGGUGAAUUUCAUGGUAAUUUUUACCCACCAUCUCCCUACGGGUUUGAUCAUGGAUACGGGUACGGACAUGGGCAUGGGCAUGGCCAUGGGCAUGGGCAUGGACACGGACACGGACAUGAUCACGGAUAUGGAUAUGGCCACGACCAUUAUGGACAUGGUCACGACCACUAUGGACAUGGUCACGACCACUACAGUCACGGUCACGGACUUGAGCACUACGGGCACGAUCACUACGGACACGGGCACGUUAAAAGCCACAAGGACAAGCGAAGCGAAGAACAGGAUUAAGAAACGAUGAUUACGAUUUUGUUAUCUGCAUGUUGCAGCAUUCGUUGGUGCGUUAGUAUUGCCAGCGGAUUCAAAA